AUGAAUAAUGUUUUAGUGCAUUUGAAAGUGUACAUAGCUAAGACGCGCUUGAAAGAACUUCAUCAGAAGAUGCUCAAGCUAAAAUUGGCCAGGAUACGCGAAGAGCAGAUGCGGGAAGUUGGAAAGUUUGAUUUGGAAGGCCGAUCGGCUGUCAAAAAACGCGCCUCAUCUGACAAUGAAGAGGAAGACCUUGAGAAGAAGUUGCGAAGGAAAGUCGACCUUGAUGAACUUGAGGCAGUAGAGCUUGAUGACGAACAGAAAGAGAUGCGAUGGAAACAUUUGACUCCCGAGCAGCUAGAAACAGCUACAUUGCAACUAUACGAGCGUGGUGGAUAUAGUCCCACUUAUGGUGAUCUUAACAAUGCCAUGCCAGGUAUGUGUGAACAUUGGAUGUGUUUUUGCAGCUUCAUAGUUUUAUAACG